GAUGAAUACGAAAAGGCAGAACGAAAAGCGGGAGCUGGUGCCCUCAGCCGGAGACGAUGACGACAUCAUUCUCAGUCAAGAACUCUUAAGCACACCGGAUUACUUAACUCCUGAAAAUCAGUUUCCUUUGAAAGGCUUCAACAGUGACAUGGACAAGGUGGAGGAAGAUCUUGUUUGUCCCGGAGCACCGAAAAAACCGUGUAAUAUGAAAAUUAAGAUAUCCCGGAUGGAUGAUGGUGAUGCUCUCAGCUCCGAUGAUGUUGAACCAGUUGUGGAAGUUGACAGUGACCGUGAGCCACUUGUGGAUUUUGGUAGUGACUUUGUUCGAAAAAAAUACUCUCAUAAGCAAAGGACUGGUAGAUAUAGGUCGCUAUCUGCAAUGGCACUAAUGCGUAGGGUUACGCCUCCUGCUUGUGUUACAAACCCUUAUUUGAAAAAUAUUUCGGCAGGGAAAAGGGAGCCUUUUAUAUACCAAAGAUCAACUUCCCCUGGCCUCUGCCCUUCCCUCGUUGGUGGUCGUCGUGGUCUUUCACGCUACCACAAUGACUUUAAUGAGAUUGAGAAAAUCGGUAGCGGAAAUUUUGGCAAUGUUUUUAAAGUAUUGAGACGAGUAGAUGGCUGCCUGUAUGCUGUAAAACAAACCAGCGACCAGUUGUGCAAAAAUUCCGAAUGGAAAGCUUAUGAUGAAGUGCAAUCUUUGGCUGCAAUAGGUUUUCAAGAGAAUAUUAGAGGAUAUUAUUCUUCGUGGAUCGAGAAUAAAAUUCACUAUAUUCAGAUGGAACUAUGUGAUCAUAGCUUAUCCAUGAAAAGUUUCCCAGCAUCACUCUCUCAACGAUAUGAAAUAGAAGUUUUAUAUCAGAUUUCUAGUGCAUUGCAAUUUAUACAUGGGAAGGGAAUAGCUCAUCUUGAUGUCAAGCCAGAAAACAUUUAUGUUAAAAGUGGUGUUUAUAAGCUUGGUGGUUUUGGAUAUGCAACUCUAUUAGACGAUAACGUGCUUGUUGAAGCGGGUGAUGCACAGUACAUGCCGCUGGAGAUUCUCAAUGAGAAUUAUGAUCACCUAGAUAAGGCAGAUAUCUUCUCCCUAGGAGCUUCCAUGUUUGACAUAAUUCGAAGGUCACGUUUGCCAAGAGCAGAAACUGAGUUCUCUAAACUUAAAGAGGGAAAGGUGCCACACUUGCCUGGAGUUACAGUCCAAUUUCAAAACUUGCUCAAGGUCAUGAUGGACCCUGAUCCUCUUAAGCGUCCUUCUGCCACUGAGAUAUUGGGAAAUUCAAUAUUCGGAGGGUCCCUUAAGAUGACGUAAGUUUGACAGGUUCUUGUAAUUUUUAUUUUGGAGGACUUGACCGUGUAUAAUGUAAUUGGCCAACUUUGUGUCCUUUUUUUUGAAACAUGUAUAUUUUGGAUGUGGUCCACAUUUUCCUCUCUUUUGAAGCAUUUAUUGUAAAUGCAAUGGUCGUGUUAGACGUCUGUAGUAUAUAUUGUUAUGGGGAUUGCAGAAGAGUGCACAUGGUAGUAGCCUUUGUAUAUGCACUAACCAUGGCUCAUUUGAUCAUUAUCUGAUUGCA